UGUUAAUCAGAGGCCUGUACAGGGGGGUUGCUCCAGACCAGUGCGCCCCCGAGAUGUAUGUUAUUUGCAAGCUUGAUGAGUGCUACUGAUGAGCCUGCUUUUUUAUCAGUCUGUUGAGAUGGUCGUGUAUGGAUGAAACUGUGUUGUGAAUGAGUCAUCAUGCUUUGAAAUUUAAAAUAAGCAUUCUCUACAUCUAAGGGUAGAUUCUACCGAAGAAGCAUCAUGAUAUAUGCUUUACAGUGCAGUGCAUUGAACACUGCAGGUGUGUUAAAAAAAAAGUCCUUAAAACACCGAAACAAACAAGGCGUCGUUUACCUGCGUUAUGUAUGUGUUCUCGGUUUUAUAAUCUGUUACAACACCGGGGAGCCGUGUUACAUACUAACACUGCACACUUCACCCUCUGCCGGCUGCCAGCCGCCUCUGCAGUCCUUCAAACCCUCUACUCUCCGCUCUCUCACUCUCCGGCUCUCAUUAGCUAGAAGAUGGCGGACUGCACCUCACUGUUAGAUGAAGAGCUCUCUUCCUUCGUCUUCAAUUACUUGACAGAAAACACCGGGAGCCAGUUCGGGGAGAAGGAAGUCUGCACUGACCGCCUGGACGCUGAUUUCCCUGAGAUUGACUUCUUCCAGCUGGACUCCAGCGAUUUCGAUUCUGCCAACUGCCUCAGCGAGCUGCAAUGGUGCAAUGACCAAUCAGCAGCUUCCUCUGCCUCCAGCCAGUUCAGCGUGGGCGACUCAGAGCUCUUUGAGACAGAAGAGGAGAAUGCUGCGCUGCUGGCUGCCCUCACAGACAGUCUGGAUGGGAUGGUGGUGGACGAGGUGGGGGGGCUGUCUGUAUUCCCCUCGCUUGGGGAGGUGGCUGAGGGGCAGGAGGAGGAGGAGGAGAAGCCCAACUUGGAAGAAAGUCACCCAUUCCCAGCCCCCCCCAGCCCAGAGACUGAAGACCUGUCUCUACUCAAGAAGCUCCUACUCUCCCCCGCCAACGUACCUGUCAGUGAUGAAACACACAAACAAGGCAGCAUCCAUCGCCAUAGCAGCACAGUCCACAAGUCGAAAUCCCAGCGGCCUUCAGUCAAGUGUCUGAGCAGCUUGGACAGAAAGCCCAGAGGAUUCCUCCCCCCCAGUCGCAAAUGCUCAGAGUUGCACCGGCACCUGACCUGCGGCCCCGAGACUGAGGACAGUGAGGAGGAGAGAGGCUCUGAGGAGGACUCCUCCAGCGAGGCCGAGGCCCCAACUCCGCCUGGCCCCCCACAGUACUCCUCGCCAGAGGAGCUGCGCUCGGUGGUGGAUCUCAUCAGGUACAUGCACACCUACUGCCUUCCCGUCCGCAAGCACCCCGGCGCGGACAGGAAGGAGCGCGAGUGCCCAGGCUCCGUGCAGAGAGCCAGGCCAGACUGCCCCUUGCCGAGUGUCAAGGCGGCCCCUCAGACAGACAGCUGCGAGCGCACGCGGGGCGUGUUUGUGCGCAAGAGAGAGGUGAAGGGGCAGUCUCUACUCAGGGAGCUAUUGGAGUCAGCCUCCUGCUACGAUGUGAGCAAGCCUUACAGGAUCCGCAGCCCUCCCUAUGUCACCUCCCGCUCUCCCAAAGGGGCUCUGCCUUGGCCCCCUGUGACGAAUGUCAAACCGGAGCCAGUGAAUGCUGUUCCGAGAGCCACGGAGCAGGAGACGACUCCAGAUUGCACCCCGGAGCCUGCAGCGUCAGCGCAGGGAAGGAAAGUGGAAGGGGCCUCCUUUUCUGUGAGGCGCUCCAGGAGACUGGCGUCAUGCCCCAGGCGCUUCGCCAAGAAGCCCAGGGGGGGAGGACCAUGGAGGGUGAAGGCGGAGCCAGUGCCUGGCCUGGGGGAGGAGAAAGAGGCGGGGUCUACGAAGCGCCACCCAGUAGAAAGACCCAGUCAAAGCACCUGCUGCAAGAAGGAAUUGGAAAAGUCAGCAGUGAUCAACUCAUCGGCAGCUCAAAAUGAAAAACGUGCCUGCCUGACCCUUCCUCUGGCUCCCAAGCCCCAAGGUGAUAACAAGCCCUUUGAACAGACGCUGAGAGUGGAGCUGUGUGGAACAGCAGGGCUCACACCUCCCACCACACCUCCACACAAACUCGAGGACGACCUCUUCAAGCCGGAGGUCAAAGGAGAGUCCCCCCCAAAAGGCUCCUGCCUGCUCGCGGGGGGAGGAGGGAGAUCAGCCUUGCGAAAGAUGCCUGAACAGACAGAGCUGUACGCACACCUGCGUAAAGAGGGCAAGGCGAGUGAAGAAGUGGUGAGCCAGGGGGGCAGGAGAAGCGUCCAGCGCACCUUUGGGGACCACGACUACUGCCUGCAGAGCGCGCCAGGGGAUCGCCGCAAGAAGCCGCUGCCCCCUGCCUGCCAGAAGGAGGAAGAGCAUGGGGUCAACGCCAGGCUGAGGCGACACUUCGGCCCACUAUGUGAUGAGCGGCUCUUCUCCAGCGAGGGGGAGGGCUCCCCGCGAUCCCGAUCCGGGUCACCCCUAGCCUUAGCACCCCAUAACUCCGGGGAGUCCCCAGAGCGUUCGUCACGACUCCCGACUCCGGGACGACCCGCCUCGUUCACCCCUUGCUGUCGUUCCAGAUCUCCAAACGGGCGUCAGAGCUUCAGCUGCGAGAACUCAGAGACGUGUCACCAGGAGAAACAAAGAAAUAAAAGCAGUGAUGAUUGUCGCGUGUUGUGCAUUCACCACCUCCCGAACGGAGUCACCCAGCCAAUGCUUUGGCGACGCUUUGAGUCAUUCGGGGAGCUGGAAGACUGCAGAAUCGUCAUGAAGAACAACGAGAGGUGUGGCCUCAUUACCUACCAGCAGACUAGCUCCACCCCUCCGGGCUGGAGGAAUGAGCAGGUGGCUCGGAAGAGACGAGAGCCCGCCCCCCAGAUUACCAUUGCAGGUCUGCGGAGGUUCUGCAGGAAGCCCUACAUCGACCUGGACGAUGGUGGCCUGGGCCCAGUGAAGAGCAAGUACGAUGCCAUGGACUUCGACACCCUGCUGAAGGAGGCACAGAAGAGCCUGCAUCGCUGACAAGCCUUAACUCAACGGGGGCACGCCUCAGUACCUCAACCAGGGCAACUCCUUAUGUUUACCUUUUUAACAUUGGAAGAAGAAGAAAAAUACCUUGUCUCUUUUUUUAUAAAAAAAAAACAAAAAAAAGUUUACAUUGAACAGA